AUGUACGAGAUGAAAUCCCGAGGAUCCCACAGCAAGAACCUCGAAUUCUCCAAUGAACUUCCUAGAAGCGGGACACAACUCGGCGAGGAUGAGCAGUGGUGCAAGAUCAGCGAAGCAUUGCAACUGCAAUUCUGCGACCUUGCAACCCAGAUCAAGGUGCGGUGGCGGCGGCGGCGGGAUACUCCGAAGUGUUGUGUUGUGAACGUUAACAACGAUGAGGGCCGGCUAUACACGGUGAUCAAAAAGGCCAUGAUUGGGAUAUAGGGGUACCCUUGCUGGCGUCGCCAUGAUCAAUUCCGAAUAACCAAGUGCCUCCCGGGUGAGCCUCCCGGGCUGAAUUUGGCGAUUUCAAUCCUCACGUUGUGGAGGACAAUGCCCAACCGCAAAGUCGAGGCCUCUCUCUCAUCUUUUGCUGUCCCUGGCCUCCUGUCUAGGGCCUCUCAAAUAGCCACUU